GUCAAUCGCACACACACGCGCGCACCAUACAUCAAAAAGUCAGUGGAAGAGAUGGCAGCGUUUGCAGCAGCGGCAGAAAUAGUACAGAGACGAACAAUUCGCAGAGAGCGUGUAUUUAAAGAUCGACAGGAUCCAUUCGAUUUGCUGGACCACACGCUGUUCAAUCGCUACAGAUUUCUUCGGCAUGCAUUGUUGGAUUUGGCAAAUGAACUUUGCCCGUUAAUAGAGCUACCAACAAGGCGAAGCAUGGCAACUCCAGCAGUAACCCAGUUGGCAGUGACACUAAGCCUACUUGCAUCUGGUUCCUUCCAAUGGGGUAUGGGUGAACUGCACGGAAUAUCGCAGGCGACAGCUUGUCGUUGUUUGCAUCGAGUUGUGUCCGUGAUCAUCGGAGAAAAAUUAAGAACAACGAUCAAAUUCCCUCAGACGCAGACCGAGAGAACGAAAGUGAUGCAUGAAUUCAGCCAGAUUUCAGGGUUUCCCCGUGUCCUCGGUGCGAUCGACUGCACACACGUAGCUAUUCGUGCUCCUGCUGGCGACAUGGAAUAUGUCUACAUAAAUCGAAAGAACUAUCAUUCGAUGAACGUACAGGCUAUCUGUGAUGCCAACAUGACCAUCACAGAUGUCGUAGCUCGCUAUCCUGGUAGCACACACGACAGCUUCAUCCUUGCGAACUCCAAGAUAGCACGCAAAUUCAGUGACGGUGAACUGGGUGAAGGCUGCAUGGUUGUUAGGGGACAGUGGCUAUCCAUUAAAGUCCUGGCUAAUGGUUCCACUAAAGAACGUCCAAACAGCAGCCGAGGAGCGGUACAACAGGGCUCAUUCGCGCACACGAUCAAUUGUUGAGAGAUGCUUCGGAUUAAUGAAAUCAAGAUUCCGCAUUCUAGACAA